AUGAAAGACAUUCAUGGAGCAGAUCUGAACGAGAAUUUAUGUUGUUCGUUGUGCAAAUCGUAUUUGAUUGAUGCGGUGACACUUACCGAAUGUCUUCACUCCUACUGUCGAGCUUGUUUGUUGAAUAAUAUCGAAAAAACCGAAGUGUACCACUGUACAAAGUGUGCCGCAUCAUUCGGCAGAGAUCUUUCUGAUGCUUUUGUACGUGAUGAUACACUCCAGAAAUUGGUUUACAAAAUGGUGCCAGAAGUUUAUUGGCAAGAGCUAUUUCAGCGUGGUGAAUUUCUCAAGAAACGAAUCGUUUCACCUGAUGAGAAAGCAACAAUUCUUGAUAAAAAGCUCAUGCAACUCGCCUCAGAACUGUGUGCUCCAAAUGAAAUGGUCUCAUUAUGUUUAGAAUACGUAUCACCGGGUGUGUCAGAUAAUGACACCAAUGAAGAUAAUAAUGAUAAGGAAGCAGUAAAUGCAUCAAGGUUGCUCGAUGACAAACCUUCUACAGUUGCAGAAGCUGAUCGCUUAGAAAAGCAGGAAGCAAUGUUGACUACAUUCAAAAGGUAUUUUCGUUGUCAAGCAUCAACAAAAAUUAGUGCAUUGCGGAAAUUACUGGAAGCGAAGUUGGAGGUUUCGGAUACUUAUCGAUUAUUUUUUGUCGACAGUGACUGCAAUGUGACGUUGGAUGAUCAAUGCACACUACAGGAUGUUGCUUAUAUGUUUUCAUGGCGACGUCUGGGACCUAUGAAAGUUCUUUUUACUUUGCAACGACAUCUCGAAGAGGAAAAACCACCGGUGUUAGAUAUGGAAUUUAUGCCGGAACUGGUUGCUGAAGAACCUCUUUCACAGGGAAGCGUUUCGGUUGCAGCUGCAAUUGAAACUCCUGUACAAUUACCAGCACUAACGGUUUCACUAAAUACUUCAAUGAUGGAAGGUGGACCGAAUCACCAGCCUAUCAUUACUACCGAGGUGCAUCCACCACCUAGGAAGAAGAGGAAGUCUACUGCACCAACAAAAAAACAAGUUGCAUCUCCAAUACCUGUGCAGCGCAUGACCGGUGUGUCACCGCUUGCAAAAGGACCUCCUCCGCUAAUGCGACUUGAAAACACGGGUUUAAGCAAAAAGUCUGUUAGCAGUGGACGUAUAAAGUCUACUGAAAAAACUCCUGCAAAAACACCUCCCCAUGAAGAUACACCAGCUACAAAACAAGCAAAGCUAAUGCCGACAUCCUUUGAUAACAAAUUACAACAAAUCAUUGAUUCUUCUCCAAGUCGUUCAACAAAGAUUUCUAAGGGAUCCAAGACGAAGACGUUAGCAAAAGCAGCAUCUGGUUUUGCUGAAUCGUCGUCUAAACUCGUGUCUAAUGACAAAUCUAUGGAAUCAAGUAGUAAACCUGGAAAUAAAAACGGUAGCUUGCAAGCUAUGAAGCUAAUAUCCACCGAUGGUAUUAAAACAGAAUCGAGUUCAUCCAAUGUGAAAACUGAGAAUGUUACAAACAAAGAAAAAACCCUUAGUAAAUUACAUACAAUUUCGAAAAUCACGGAAAAUACCACGGUGAUUACAACUAUUUCUACUCCGGCAAGUACGACGGCGGCAACAGCAACAACAAUCAGCCAUCCGAGACCAAUACAGCCUCGUCCAUUGGAAAUGAAAACAAAUUAUGAAGCUUUAGUGAAAAGUUAUGGUUUAAAUGGAAUUGGAAAUAAGCUUUCCUCUUUCCCUUUGGAUGGAAAACAUGUUGGUUUUAGUCCACCGAUACAUAUGCAGGCACCACCACUGUUUAUGGAUCCAAAAAUUGCCGCACAGCCAAUUAAACAUAUUCUUUCUGGACGUGGUAUGCCCAUUGUGCCUGAAGCCACUCCUUAUUUAAGGAAUCCAGCUUUGGCAAAUUUCAUGCAUCACUUGCAUAUGCAACCACCUCCAAUUCCUGGACUUCCCGGUACCAGCACUCCACCUCUUCUCUCUCACAGCAGUAGUUCAACACUGUCCUGUUCAUCAUCUAAUCAAGUUACAUCGACACAUAGUCCUCCAAACAGUAAUGUUUCCUCGAAGAAUUCUCAGCAACAACUUAAACAUCCCACAGCAGUGCCUCUUCCUCCAGCAACUGUUAGUUCAAACGGUAGCGGCAACAAAUUGUUAAACAACAGCAGUAGCAACAGUAGAGCAUCCUCACCAGCUGCUAAACUGCAGCAGAAGAUUGUUUCACCGAUUCCAAUUCCGACUGCUCACAUAACACCCUUUAUGAGCCAUAGUUGA